AUGUUCGAGGGGGUCAAGACGCUUGACUUCGUGGAGGGCACGAAAGGCCGGGCGGCCAGGGGGCACCUCGCCAAGGACGGCGAGUCCGUGCGGUGGCAGGAGCCGCUGGCGCUCGACGGCCCCGUGGAGGGCUACCUGGUGAGCUUGGAGGCCCACCUGAGGAGCGUGCUCCGUGAGAUCACGGAGACGGCGCGGGCGGCGGCCGACAACUGGGAGGUGGACAAGAAGCGCGAGGACUGGCUGGAGGACUAUCCGGCGCAGCUGGCGCUGCUGGCCUCGCAGAUCCAGUGGACGGAGGAGACGACGAGGGCAUUCGAGGACAUGGAGAGCGGCAGCGAGACGGCGAUGAGGCAGUACAAGCUCGUCAAUGACGACAGGAUCGAGAAGCUCAUCAAGCGCGUCCAGGGCGACCUCACGCCCAACCUGCGGGUGAAGAUCAUCACCAUCAUCACCAUCGACGUGCACGCGCGCGACCAGAUCGAGCUGUACGUGACGUCCAAGAUCAUGGACUCCACCGACUUCAAGUGGAUGUCCCAGCUGCGCUUCUACUGGCAGACGACGCCCGAGGGCGCGCCGCUCGUGUCGGUGACCCCCGAGGCGCAGAAGACGUGCGCGAUCAAGAUCUGCGACUGGGUGACCCUCUACAUGUACGAGUACGUCGGCAACAGCGGGCGGCUGGUCAUCACGCCGCUCACUGACCGGUGCUACAUCACUCUGACGCAGGCCCUGAACCUCGUCCUGGGGGGCGCCCCCGCCGGGCCGGCCGGCACUGGCAAGACGGAGACGACCAAGGACGGACCUCGCCCGCGCCCUCGGCCUGCCGAUCGUCGUGUUCAAUUGCAGUGA